UGGGCCCCAUCAGUCAUGCCUACAACCAAAGCCUCCAAAUCUAAGCGGGAGAAACGCGGGAAAGGAAAGAAAAGCUCCAAGCAUGAGCCAAAAACCGAGAAAGAGCCGGACUUGGAGACGGCCAGAGCCAACGCCGCGCUGUGGGAACUGAAGCUGAAGAUCACCGAGCAGGAUCUGUCCGACUACCGGGGCGCCCACCACAACAUGGCCUGCAUGAACGAGCAGCUCACCAAUCAGCUGCUCCGCUGUGAGCAGAACAAUGUGGACAUGACCGGGUACUGGCAGAAAGAAGUAGAGGCCAGGGAGGAGAAGAUCAGGAUGCUUGAAGACAAACUUAGAAAACAAGAGGCCAUUGCACUUCUAGAGAGAAGCAAACAGGCUGAAGAUUUUAAAGCGCUCCAGGACGAAAUGAGAAAAAUGGAGGAAAGUGAAGCCCGGCUGGAGGAAGAACUCAGUGAUAUGAGAAAAACCAUGGAUUUCACACAGAAAGAGCAUGAGGAAACGCUGAGGAAAACUGAGGACAGUUUCCAAAGGGAUCAGGCAAACCUAAAGAGAGAGAUGAGGCUCAUGUGCAAUCAAGAGAUAGCAAAGAUGAAGCUGGACCACCAUGAAGCUAUUGUCAAGAUGGAAAGUGCGUUAACUUCUGCUUUCAAGGAGCAAGAUCGCUUGAAUGAAACCCUGAAAACUACCAUUCAAGAAGCAGAGGGCCUGAAGAAACUGACGCAUUCACUGGCGAAGGAAAAGCUCUCAGUCAUGCUGCAGAAGGAUAUGCUCGAAGCGACCGUUAAGAAGGAUACGGCAAAGAUGGAAGUGAAAGAAAAGAAGCUCUCUGAAGUCAUGGCCAAAGCUGCUUCACUGGAGCUGGCCCUGGCAGAAAUCUCCAGAAAAUCUGAGCAGCAGGAAGAGAAGGAGAAGAGGGAUCUGGUUACCAUCCAGGCCAGCCAGGUGGAGCUGGACAAACUGCAGAAGCUCCUCGCCAUGCGAGAGAAGGAGCUGCAGCAUGUCAAGCAGCUGGCGAAGACCAUCGUAGAUAAACGCAGAGAGGUGGAGGAAUUCUUCCACGAAGCGCUGGAUCACGUCAGGCAGGAGAUCGUUGCCAGCAGGCUUCAGAAUAGAAAAGAAGCCCUUCAGGAUUAUCGGCAGAAGUUUAGAGAGGCAACAGCUGGGAUGAUAAAGUUCCCACCCAUCCGUUCUGUCAACAGAAGUCCCAACUACCUCUAUGCAGCUGCACAAUGGUCCCAUCCUCCUAGCGGUGAGGUCAACAUGUCUCAUCUCACUUGGGAGCAAAAGGAAAAAGUGCUUAGCCUCCUCUUUGCUAAAAUGAAUGGACAGACGGAAAGGAAAGUCUGCAAGCAUCAGGAUCUCUGUGCUUCCAGCCAGGAACGGAAAGAGACUCUUUGACACCAACACUGCUGAGCUCAAACACACACACAUAAAAAUAAAAAAAAAUGGCACAGAAAUAAAAAAUGAAAAAAGGUUUUACCUCAUCCUUACAAUUUAGAAAGCCUGCACAGAUUUAUCGGUCCCACAUUGCAUGUUUAGCAGAAAAAGCAGUGGCUGCGAGAACGUCAGUUCCUACAUGUGAUUUAUCAAGACGGUUUGCAUUUUAGCGAUGCAUAAUGAUGACUGUCCUCCAGAUUAGAGAGAACUGGCGGGGCGCUCAUCGGCCCCCAGGCGCCGGAGUCCAUUCUGCCCUCAACCCCA